CAUUCCUCUCCUCCCUCCCAGAGCCCAACUGCUGUCACUCCAGGCUCUGCCAAGAAGGAGGGAACUGCAGUGACAGCAGGAGUAAGGCCAGGCAGAGCUGUGGCAGGGAAGUGCCCAGGCUAGGUGGCAGACCCACAGAGAGAACAGAGACCAGGGCAAAAGAUACUAAAAGCCUGAAGCAGAGGAAGGAGAGUGAAAGGGGGCAGAAGACUGGGAAAUCUGUGGGUUACAGGGGUGCCUAGGAAUGAAGACAACAAAACAGCACCACCCCAGGCUGUCCUUGGCCCUGGUGCUCCUGAGCCUAGGGGCUGGGUGGGCCCAAGAAGGGUCAGAGCCUGUCCUUCUAGAGGGGGAGUGCCUGGUGGUCUGUGAGCCAGGCCGACCUGCUGCUGGGGGGCCUGGGGGAGCAGCCCUGGGAGAGGCACCACCAGGACGAGUGGCAUUUGCUGCAGUGCGAAGCCAUCACCAUGAACCAGCAGGAGAAACAGGCAACGGUACCAGUGGCGCCAUCUACUUCGACCAGGUGCUGGUGAAUGAAGGUGGGGGCUUUGAUCGGACCUCGGGCUGCUUCGUGGCCCCUGUCCGCGGAGUCUACAGCUUCCGAUUCCACGUGGUAAAGGUGUACAACCGCCAAACUGUCCAGGUGAGUCUGAUGCUGAACACGUGGCCAGUCAUCUCAGCCUUUGCAAACGACCCUGAUGUGACCCGAGAAGCAGCCACAAGCUCUGUGCUGCUUCCCCUGGACCCAGGGGACAGGGUGUCCCUGCGCCUUCGUCGGGGGAAUCUUCUGGGUGGCUGGAAGUAUUCAAGCUUCUCUGGCUUCCUCAUCUUCCCACUCUGAGGACCCAUGCCUUUAAAAGGUAGCUGUCUCGCCCCCUGACCCUUCUGCCCUCCCCUGACCCCAGAAACAAGUAUCUUUGGAGCAAGAGAAAGGCCUCUUGUGGCUGCAGCCCACCCCC